ACGGUGUGUUCUUCGCCACUAGGUGGAUUGCUGCCAUCGUUUUGUUGGCGCUACAUCAACAACUAAUAAAACCAUACAUUUUCCCUAAACAAGUGGAGUUUCAGACCGAAAACCCAAUUGUUGACCUUUGACGGUGUUUAUCACAUUCUUUACACGUGCAGACCUAUACGUUUGCUUUGUCGUCCUGUAGUUACACACUGCGACCUCGGGGGUCUGCGUGGGGUCCCGGCGGCGCGCCUCCUGCCCGAAGCUCCGCUCCCUUGGACACGAACUCUCCUCAUGUGAUUCCCCGAGUCGGGACUUCGUUGGAUGGACCCCAGUGCUCCAGUUCACCGGGCGGCCCGACCUGCAGCCUCCUCGAACAUGAUCCCAUCCGAUCCACAGGUUGCACUCGCCAAGACUUCUGCUCCCGCUGCUGCUUCGGGGUUGGAUUAUUCUUCUUGGGCGCACGAGUGAAGUAUCGUCUCGGGGAAGUGAUGGGAUUCAUUUCUGUCCGGAGUCGCUCCUGGAGGAAACGGUGAUCAACUUCACGGACUCCGCAGCUCAUCAUGAUGGGUGAAACAUCGCCUACAGCGAGGAAUACAAAUAACCGGAAGGCUCUUUAAGAAGGCGACUGGAGACUUGCGAGAUUGGCAGAACCUAUUAAGAAGCAGUCUGUAAAAGCAUAUCCCGACACAGCUACAUCCAAGAAUGAGGAUCAAAUACACCAUAUCCAUUGUCUUUUUUGUGGCACUUGUUAUCAUUGAGAAGGAAAACAACAUUAUCUCAAGGGUGUCAGAUAAGCUCACCUUAAAGCAGACUCCCCGGACGCCUCUACAGCCAAGUGGCUUCUCCCACAUACUGCUGAAGCACAAUGGUUCCUUUACCUCACUCGGCAAGAUUGACUCGGCCUUCACGCUGAUGAAGCGGCGCCUGGAGAACUACAGCGAACACCAGGAGGUGAUGACAAGGGGCAGGAAACACAUCCUCCUGCUCGCCACCACCAGGACGGGUUCCUCGUUCGUGGGCGAGUUUUUCAACCAGCAGGGCGACAACAUGUUUUACUCGUUUGAGCCUCUGUGGCACGUGGAAAAGAUGCUGACACUGGACACCGGAGGCACCAACGCCACAGCGGCGGCCAAGGCGUACCGCGACGUGCUCCGGCAGCUCUUCCUGUGCGACUUCUCCCUGCUGGAGAGCUUUAUCGACCCCCCCCCUGUGGACCAUAUCACCACCGCCCUCUUCCGCAGGGAGUCCAGCAGCUCCUUGUGUGAGGAGUCGGUCUGCAGCCCCUUCAUCAAAGGGGUCUUUGAGCGCUAUCACUGCAGGACCAGGCGCUGCGGGCCCCUGAACCUGACCAUGGCGUCUCAGUCCUGCCUCCAGAAGGAGCACAGGGCCAUCAAGUCCGUGAGGGUGCGCCAGCUGGAGACCCUCCGUCCUCUGACGGAGGACCCACGCCUCGACGUGAAGUUCAUUCAGCUGGUUCGGGACCCCCGGGCUGUGCUGGCCUCACGCAUGGUGGCCUUUGCAGCCAAAUACAAGAACUGGAAGCAGUGGGCUGUCGGUGGGGAUGUGCCCAUUGAAGAUGACGAGGUGAGGAAGCUGAAGGGAAACUGCGACAACAUCAGGAUGUCUGCAGAGAUCGGCCUCAGGCGACCAUCGUGGCUUCGUGGACGUUACAUGCUGGUGCGGUAUGAGGACAUCGCUCGGUUUCCCAUGAGGAAGGCGACGGAGAUGUACAGGUUCACUGGAAUCCCGUUCACUCCACAAGUGAAAUCCUGGAUCCUGAAGAACACCCAGGCGGCGAAGACCAGCGGCGUCUACUCCACACAGAAGAACUCCUCGGAACAAGUAGAGAAAUGGAGGUUUAGUUUACCUUUCAAAAUAGCCCAGGUUGUACAGAAAGUUUGCGGGCCAACGAUGAAACUUUUUGGGUACAAAUUUGUAAGCAGUGAAGAGAUGUUAACAGAUAAGUCUGCAAGUUUGAUUGAGGAUAAAAUGUUCAACUUUUCAUAGACUAACUGACAGGAACUCUGAAUCCUGAUGCAGGAAAAACCUGCAGCCUUCCUGAAAACUCUGGAAUGACUGAUAUUUAUUGGGGACUUUUAUCCUGAUGCAGAGAGCUUUAUUUUUUUUCUAACUGUGUGCUAUUUAAAGUUUUUUACUAUUUAAAAUAGUUUGAAGAAUAAAAUUUAUAGUUGAGCAAAAAGUAUAUAUCAAACUUUUAAGUAUUGAAGCAAGGAUGUUGACAUUUUACAUACAGUAUGGGUAAGGUGAAAACAGGAGGCCAGAGUAUCUUUGUUUUUGCACUCCGGACUAUUUUCUCUUUGUAACGCAAACUGUGUUUUGGGCUUGUCCAAAAGGUCCUAAAGAUGAUAGCUGUGUGUUUGAGGAAUAUAUGAGCAGUUUCAAAGACUUCCAGGAUCCUCAUUCUUUAUUAUUUGUGUCCGUCAACUCCUGAGUUAGUAACACAAUCUGCUUUUACACCAAAGAAACUUGAAAAAGAGUUGUAAUGCAUAGCCAAAAAAUGAAUUGCUUUGUAUUGCAACGCUCAUGGCAGGAAGAGGAAAUGUGCCAAUGUUUUGCCAGGUUAUUUCUAUGCAUGAGAUGUAAAUGAAAUAAUGUUCCGCGCUAAAUGUAUUUAUUUCUUAUCUUUGCUUAAAAAAAGUUAUAAUGACUCCAGGUCCGAAUGUGCUCCACUGGUUCUUUCCCCGUCUGCAGGGGAUUACUUUACUUGCACACGUAUGUAGUAGUUUGCUGUACAUGCACGUUCCAAAUUGGCCAAAAAAUUGUUUGAAGUCCUCUUGAUUGGAAGGACCCUUUCUGUAAAACAGAUGUUUACACUGCUACUGAAAGCAAACAUUCCAACUGCAGCUGGUUUGCAGGAUUGUGCGAGGUUUGUCAGCAGGUCCCUGUCUGUUGACACAAGUCUCUUGGCUGGUGAUAAAAAGGGGCCCCGAUGUUCCGGGAUGGCAUUUUGCUGAUGUUCCAGGUAUGGACUUUUUGCAAUUUGUUUGUGACAAUAAACCUUCUUUUACUAACUCAUUUGUGUUCAUGUUUGGGCACAAUUUUACACAGCAGCGUAACCAUAGCAAACCCAUUUGUUUUCAAAGACUUUUACACCCAGCUGACAUUAGCGCGGCUCCUUCAUUUUGUCAUGAGUUAUUUUUUUUUAACGAUUUCAGUAGGAUCCAAAAAUGUCUGUUAAGAUAUUUCAGUCUGGACUAAAGUGGUGGACCAAUAGACCACCACAGUCUUUUACUGUUGUUGUCCCAUAUUGCAUUGGAGUCCAAGGGUCGUAUUUUGAAAUAAAACAACUCAUCUGAACACAUCACCAAACCCCACCUCUCAAUUCGACAUCUGAAAAGUCGGCCUGAGCAUCAGACGAGCAGUUCUGAUACCGAAGUUUACUGCGGCCUUGAAAUCUUCCUGUCAUUUGUUCCAUUACUGCUCACGACUGGUUCACAUUCAUUUUUGUGCAUAAAAGAGUUUGUUGGCGUCUUUUUGUGCUUUGUGCAAGAAGAAAACAAGGAAAUCUACAAAAGAAACAUUCACAGUUCAUGUCAUAGCUUUAGCUGGGAAACAACCGCACUGAUUUCCGAGCCUCUUUACUGUUUGUCUGACUGGUUAAUGGAAGCGCCUCAUGCUUUUUUUGGGACCUUUCUAAACAAAAUGUUUAGGGUUCCUGCAGACUGACUGGUUUGUCUCUAAGGCGGCAGGAGGGAAGGAUACUGCCGAGGCAGCUGCCUUGACUUCCAGUGUGUUUACCACUGUGGGCCUGGCUAUUUAAGUCUCCAAACCUAGUAAUUACCCCAGCUUUUACAUAUAACGUGGUCCAAAUCUUUUUCGUCCACCUGACCCCACCCACUUACAGAAAUACAGAGAGGCUGUCGUUCAUUCCGUCUCUCUCUCUCUCUCUCUUUCUCUCACUCACUUAAUUCUCUUUUUAUAUUUAGUGACUUUUUUUUAUUGAAACAUCUAUCCAUUGGAGUUCUCACACACUGCUACGCGGAGCCACCUCAGUGCACUUGAAGUACAUUCACUCCUAUCAACAGAUGAUUAUGUGGUGUGUUUGGGCUGGUUGUUCUAUUUUGGUAAAAAGUGUUGCCAGGUCCACAGCGCCUCGGUGUCAACCUAAUGGAGAGAGGUUCGGCAUUCAUAAACUCUUAUAUUGGAGUGGCUUUAUGUGGCAUGUGUGGAGGGUGGAGUCACUGUAUGGUUGGGUAAAAUAUAGAAUAACCACUUUCCACUGAAUUAAAGCCUUCUCACCCCUCAUCCCAACCUCCCACCCCCAUCCAGCGGUGAAAUGAGGGCAUUUAGGUAACCCCACCCUCCAGCUCUGUUAUAUGGUACCCUGCCACAUCAACCAUGCAGGGUUUGAAAUAUGCUAAACAGAGGACCUCGAAUGAUGCCGUUGCCGUUAGAUGUGUGAUAAACAGACACCGAAAUUGAGGUGAUUCAGACGCAUUAAAACUUGCGCUGAUGCAGGCGAUAAUAAUGGUUCAGGAGGAGACAUAAAUCUAAAUUCACAGUAAAUAAUCUCGCACGGAGGAAUGCAAUUCAUAAAAGUCAGGUUGUUGCAUGUGAUAAUGAGGGCAUGGAGUGGGUACAGAAUCUCAUUGCUCAAAACUAACUGCAUACAAGUGAAGAAUGAUGAGGAGA